AUGGCUGAACGAACACUUGCAACCCUUGAUUCAUCGAUAGUAGAUCGUCUCCCCACCUCAUCCCGCACCCUCUUUCAAGCCAAGACCCAGAAAGCCCUUACCUUUGAAUCCAUCGCUUCGUCUCUCGGACGUAGUGAAGUCGCAGUCGCGGCUUUAUUCUACGGACAAGCCACCGCCUCAGCAGACGACAUCGUCAAGCUCUCCGAGAUCCUCGGGGUCGAAAAGUCACAAUUAGAGGCAGAGCUCGCGCAAGGAUUUCCAGAUCGAGGACGAGCUGGACCCAUGCCCCCGGUUGAGCCUCUGAUUUACAGACUCUAUGAGAUUGUACAAAAUUAUGGAUAUGCAUACAAGGCGAUAUUGAAUGAGAAAUUUGGAGAUGGAAUUAUGUCGGCAAUUAGCUUCAGCACCAAGGUCGAGAAGGAAGUGGAUGAUAAGGGAGAAUGGGCCGUUAUCACUUUGAGAGGGAAAUGGUAA